ACGCACGCAGACAACAACACGCACAGACUGGUCUUGUUAGGCGCCCUCGCGGUCUCCAAACAGAGCCCGUUUGUUCCACUUUCAUAAUGAGGUGACUUUUGAAGCCAUGCCGCUUAUAAUACACACCAGAAAAAGGAAUACCAGGACACAACUGUAGUAUUUAAUGCUACUUACGCUAAUGCUACACCUGGGAAUUUUGUUAAGAUGGAUUUGGAGGCUAACUUUGUCAUUAAUGUUGUGAUUUCAUGACCUAUGUAGAGCUCUACACCACCCUACACCCUCUUUGGUGCCUCCCUCACACCCCCCUCGGUGUCCUCUCAGGAAAGAGCUAGCUUCAGCAGUCUGGCUGAAAGGCGCAAUGCAUCCCCACACAUGCGCCGGUGCUCUUUUGUGAGGACAUCCGCACAACGGCAGUGAGCUACGACCCGCACGCGCCUUAGUGACGGCCUCUCAUUCUGCCGCAUGCCUCCCGCCGACAUCAUUACGCAGAGGAAUUCCCUGCUGCCUCCGCCGCUUGUGUUUACAGCAGUACAGAGCGAGGAAGGAGAGGAGGCGUGUUGCAGAGCUCCAGGAGUGCUUGGAUUUGACGUCAAGAUGCGCACGGGUUGUAUUCGAGGAAGUGUUUAUGGGAUUUGUUGGUGACCCCCGGGGUCCCUGUUGGGCGCAGAGUGAAAAGUGUGUUUUUUGGGAGAGAAGGGACCGUUUUAUUGGCAUCCGCCUCUUCCCGAUGCGGUCGGAGCGGGCAAGUCGUGUUUGUAUCGUGGUGCUGGAGGAGGUGGAGGAGGACGAACCUUCCUUUUCACCUCCGCCUCCGAGGCCCAAAUCGACCCCAGACCACAGAUCACAUUAUGUCCCGAGAAGGGCUGCUGCCCUGGAGGACAAGCCAUCCUUGCUCCGAGCCAUCUUCAAUGUGGAUCCAGAUGAGGUUCGCUCCCUUAUAUUCAAGAAAGAGGAUGUCAAUAUUCAGGAUACUGAAAAACGGACACCGCUCCAUGCCGCAGCCUACCUGGGUGACACUGAGAUCAUUGAAUUGCUCAUCCUUUCAGGAGCCCGAGUUAAUGCCAAAGAUAACAAAUGGCUGACUCCUCUUCACCGUGCUGUGGCUUCAUGUAGUGAGGAUGCAGUGUCCGUUCUCCUGAAGCACAGUGCCGACGUCAACGCCAGGGACAAGAACUGGCAGACGCCACUCCAUGUCGCGGCAAGCAACAAAGCCGUACACUGCGCCGAGGCGCUGGUGCCGCUACUUAGUAACGUCAAUGUAUCUGACCGGGCUGGACGCACCGCUCUACAUCACGCCGCUUUCAGCGGACACGUAGAGAUGGUGAAGUUGCUACUAUCCAGAGGAGCGAACAUCAAUGCUUUUGACAAGAAGGAUAGGAGAGCCAUCCACUGGGCUGCAUACAUGGGUCACCUAGAGGUGGUCAAGUUACUAGUGAGCAGUGGAGCAGAGGUUGACUGCAAAGACAAGAAGGCCUACACCCCUCUGCAUGCAGCCGCCUCCAGCGGGAUGAGUAGUACUGUACACUACCUUCUAGGCUUGGGGGUCCAGGUGAAUGUUGUGAAUGCUUAUGGCAACACUCCACUUCAUUUGGCGUGUUAUAACGGGCAGGAUGUGGUGGUCAGCGAGCUAAUCAAGGCAGGGGCUAGCGUCAACCAGGUCAAUGAGAGAGGCUUCUCUGCUCUCCAUUUUGCCUCUUCCUCACGCCAAGGAGCGUUAUGCCAAGAGCUACUCUUAGCCCACGGAGCACACAUCAACAUGCGGAGUAAAGAUGGAAAGACUCCCCUACAUAUGGCAGCCACCCACGGCAGAUUCUCCUGUUCUCAGGCGCUCAUUCAAAACGGAGCCGAGAUUGAUUGCGUGGACAGGGACAGAAACACCGCGCUUCACAUCGCCGCGCGCUACGGCCAUGAGCUCAUCAUUACAGCGCUUGUGAAACACCGAGCCUGCAUCUCCAAGCGAGGUAUUCAUGGGAUGUUCCCACUACACUUGGCUGCUCUGUCCGGUUUCCCUGAUUGCUGCAGGAAGUUACUUUCUUCAGGAUUUGACAUUGACACUCCUGAUGAUUACGGAAGAACCUGUCUUCAUGCUGCUGCAGCUGGAGGGAACCUGGAGUGCCUGAAUCUGCUGCUAAACAUAGGAGCGGACUUUAACAAAAAAGACAACUACGGAAGGACUCCACUUCAUUAUGCAUCAGCCAACUGUAAUUACCACUGUGUAUUUGCCCUGGUGGGCUCCGGGGCAGGUGUCAACGAACUGGACCAAAGAGGUUGCGGCCCGCUACACUACGCCGCUGCAGCAGACACGGAUGGAAAAUGCGUCGAGUACCUUUUAAGGAACAACGCCGAGCCCGGAGUUCGAGACCAACAAGGGUACAGUGCAGUCCACUACGCCUCAGCAUAUGGACGAACACUUUCUCUGGAACUGAUGGCGAGUGAAACUCCUCUGGACGUGCUAAUGGAGUCCUCAGGAACAGACUUCCAGAAUGACGCUGAGUGCCAGGGGCAGAUUAGCCCACUUCAUUUGGCGGCCUACCACGGACACUGCGGCGCCUUGGAAGUCCUUUUGUCCUCUAUGACGGACGUGGACAUCCGGACCCCGCAAGGCCGCACCCCGCUCAACCUGGCCUGCUCCAGGGGGCAUCAGGAGUGCGUGUCGUUGCUGCUGCACCGCGGCGCUUCACCUAUGGCGUGUGACUACUCGCAAAAAAUGACGACUCUACAUGCUGCAGUUACAAACGGCCACUCGGGUUGCCUUCGUCUCCUAAUGAGCAACAAUGACCAGCACAUCAAUUUGGACGCACUAGAUGUCAACAAGCAGACCCCGCUAAUGCUAGCUGUACUGAACGGACACAGCGAAUGUGUGUAUUCGCUGCUCAGCCAAGGAGCUAGCGUCCAUCUUCAAGACUGCUGGGGCAGGACGGCGCUUCACCGCGGGGCGGUGACGGGCCAGCACGAGUGUGUGGAGGCGCUUCUUCAGCGAGGAGCUAGCGCAUGCGUCAAGGACAUUCGAGGUCUUUCUCCUCUCCAUUUGGCGGCCGCCUGCGGGCGUGCGGGCGUCCUAGCCACCAUGCUGCAAUCACCCGGCACUGCCAAUUCACUGUCGGAGCUUGCGGAUAACAAAGGCUACACGCCGCUGCACUGGGCUUGCUAUAGCGGAUGUGACGCUUGUGUGGAGUUGUUGCUAGAGCAGGAAGUCUUUCGGAAGAUAAAAGGCAACACGUUCAGCCCGCUGCAUUGUGCCGUUAUGAACGACAACGAAGGAGUGGCUGAGAUGUUAAUCGAAUCGCUCGGCGCAAAUAUUAUCGACUCCACCGACUCCAAAGGCAGGUCGCCACUUCACGCCGCCGCCUUCGCAGAUCGCGUCGAGUGCAUCUCCCUGCUGCUCAGUCAAGGCGCUCAGGCAAACAUCGCCGACACGUACGCGCGCAGGACGCCGCUAAUGAUGGCCGCCCUCAACGGGCAAACCAACGCCGUGGAAGUGUUAGUGAGCAGCAGCAAAGCGGACUUCACGCUUCAAGACGCCGACAGGAACACAGCUUUGCACUUAGCUUGCAGCAAGGGUCAUGAAACGUGCGCCUUGUUGAUCUUGGAGAAAAUACGAGAUAAGAAUCUGAUCAACAGCACCAACGCUUCCUUGCGCACGCCUCUUCACGUCGCAGCCAAAAACGGUUUGACGGUGGUCGUUCAGGAACUACUGGGAAAAGGCGCUAGCGUACAAGCAGUGGAUGAAAACGGUUACACGCCCGCGCUAGCUUGCGCGCCAACCCGCGACGUCGCCGACUGCUUAGCGCUCAUCCUUAACUCUAUGAUGCCCGCCUCGCCCAUGGUUACCAUCGCAACGUUGCCUGAAUUUUCUUUGCCUCACACAGUCAUCAAACAUCACCCCGUGUCCAAUCACGUGGCCAAGGGCGUGGCCUUUGAAAGCCCGCCUCCUCUGAGGCCCGACCGCGCAUCGUACUGCCGACCCGAGCGCCCGCUGUCGAGCGUCACGACGGACGAAGAACUUAACGACUCCGAUUCGGAGACUUACUGAAGGCUAGUGUGUUACUUGAGAGCCUUAACAUUGAAUGCCAUUGACAGCGAUAGAUGUCCAAUUCUUUUGAACUCCCAAUUCCAAAGGAUUGGACGUUUAUUGCCAUCAAUGAGUUUUAAAAAAAAAUGUUAUAAAAGUCCUUGACGGCUUUGUCACACAAUAAUGAGAACUAAAACUUCAGCAUUGAUGGUUAAGACUAAUGAACAAAACUAGGGACCAUUUAGACAAUGUCUUUAGGUUUUUUUGUUGUUUUUUUUGGACGUUGGAGGUUCAUUGUGAUGAAGCAUUGUUGUCGAGACAGCGGCCGAUUUACUUGAGGUGUGAGUGCGGAAUGAAUAUAGAGUAUAUUGCCUUUUCAGGAAUAUGCACCUUUCCUGUGGAGAUGAAAAUUUGGUGCAGUGUUUGUAAAGAAGUUAAAAAAAUAAAUAUAUUUG